CUUUUCGCUUGAGGAGGCUUUGCUGCUGUGUGGGGGAGUGGGUUACAUCCUGUGGCGUUUCCUGUGUUUGUAAACUAGACGGUCUUGAAAACGUCGGUCGAGUGGAGCUGAAAGUUUUAAUGCUAGAUGAGUGAGGUGGGUGUGGCUUCCCACCAGCCCGACCAUCCUGACUGACGGAUCUCUUGAUGACCUUGUCCCCACCCCUGUCCCUGCGCUCACAUACACCACAGCAAUGUCACAUCUGCCCAGCAGCUCAGUCCGCGACCAUAUGAAAUGGGCGGGGCUGCUUGGCUGCGAGGCUGUCCUCUCCAGCAUGGCACUGAUGCAGGCCAGCUCCAUGGCCGCUCCACCCAAAAAAAUGAUGGCCCCCCUUGGCCAUGGACCACCGCAGAGAGAGGGACCCGACCGCGCUCCCCAGAGCCAUAUGAUCCUCCCAUCUGGAAUGAGCUGUCCACCCCUGCUUAUCCGGAAGGAAGGUGAAUUCCAAGCUCCCCGCCUGCUGGAUGAGAAGGAGAUGAGGGCCAACGAGGACAUGCAGCAGAAAAAAAAGAAUAGGAAAUCAGUAACGCCCUGCAAAGGCACAGGUGGAGAUGAGAAUGGUCCGUCAUCCAAAGUACAGAAAAACUUUAUUUGUGAUCACUGUUACGGAGCAUUUAGGAGUGGAUACCACCUGAAGAGACAUAUCCUCAUUCAUACAGGGGAGAAGCCGUAUGCUUGUGCCGUAUGUGACAUGAGGUUUAUUCAGCGUUACCACCUGGAGAGACACAGCCUCAUUCACACGGGGGUGAAGCCGUACGCUUGUUCCAUGUGUGACAUGCGGUUUUUCCAGCGUUACCACCUGGAGAGACACAGACUUACUCAUACGGGGGUGAAGCCGUACGCUUGCUCCAUGUGUGACAUGAGGUUCUUCCAACGUUAUCAUCUGGCAAGACACAGCCUCACUCAUACUGGGGUGAAGCCAUACGCUUGCUCCAUGUGUGACAUGAGAUUUUUCCAACGCUACCACUUGGCAAGACACAGCCUCACUCACACGGGGGUGAAGCCAUAUGCUUGCUCCAUGUGUGACAUGAGAUUUUUCCAGAGAUACCACCUGGCAAGACACACUCUCACCCAUACGGGGGUGAAGCCGUACGCUUGCUCCAUGUGUGACAUGAGGUUCUUCCAGCGUUACCAUUUGGCAAGACACAGCCUCACUCAUACUGGAGUGAAGCCGUAUGCUUGUACCAUGUGUGACAUGCGGUUUAUACAACGUUACCAACUGGAGAGACACAGUCUUACUCAUACGGGGGUGAAGCCGUACGCUUGCACCAUGUGUGACAAGAGGUUUUUUCAGCGAUACCACCUGGCGAGACACAGCCUCACUCAUAUGGGAGUGAAACCUUUUGCUUGCACCAUGUGUGACAUGAAGUUUUUUCAGCGUUACCACCUGGCGAGACACAGCCUCACUCAUACGGGUGUGAAACCUUAUGCUUGCACCAUGUGUGACAAGAGGUUUUUUCAGCGCUACCACCUGGCAAGACACAGCCUCACUCAUAUGGGUGUGAAACCUUUUGCUUGUACCAUGUGUGACAUGAGGUUUGUUCAGCGUUACCACCUGGCGAGACACAGCCUCACUCAUACUGGUGUGAAACCUUAUGCUUGCACCAUGUGUGACAAGAGGUUUUUUCAGCGCUACCACCUGACAAGACACAGCCUCACUCAUAUGGGAGAGAAGCCAUUUGCUUGUGACAUGUGUGAUAUGAGGUUUAUCCAGCGCUACCACCUUGAGAGACACAAGCGUGUCCAUAGUGGGGAGAAGCCUUACCAGUGUGAACGAUGCCAGCAGAACUUUUCACGGACAGACCGGCUGUUGCGACAUCGGCGAUUGUGCCAGGGUCGCGGCGUAGCUAAAGUAGAGAACCAGCCAUGCUGCGACCCACGCCCAUACCCCCAAGAACCCCCACCCGCACCCCCAACCUGGAGUCCCCUGCACCCCCCUCCAGGCCGACUGGCGGUCUGACAUUCCACCUUCCCUACACCCACAAUAUCACCAGAGACGGGACAAGCCACAGGGUUUCUUCUUCUCAGCUCUGUGCGGAGUGACGCCACACUCUUAGCACAGACUGAUCUUGCAGCUCCAGUCUUGGGAUUACUAAUGACAGUGACAUUUUUGUUUCGUUGAUUUUUUACUGUGUGUGUGUGUGUGUCUCUCCCCCCCCCCCCCCCCCCCCCCCCAUUUUUUUUAAAGACAAGACUUUUCUGUGAUGAACAGUUGUCCUGUUUUGUACUUAAUCUAUUUGAUUUUUGCAAAAAAAAAAAGAAAAAAAGAAGUUUUUAUGGUUGUUCAAAUAUAUCUGCAUUUGGUGGUACUCGGGAAGGGCUGUAGGUAUUGUUUAUCCUGACGUGUUUGCAACAAAAUGGGUUGAAGUGGUGAGGAAAAGUAUUUGAGCUUCUUUCUAAUUUUUUCAUGUGGCUCAUUUUGACUUAAAAAGUUAGUCACUUAGGCACUUUCCUACUGGGUAAAGCAAGGAAACCCUUCUGUUUACAUCUCAUUUAGACCAGAUCUUGCUUGCCAUUGUCGCUAAGAUAGUGCUAAGCAUUAAGACAUUUCACCGGAAGCACUAUUUGGUCUAAAUAGGAAUUGAACAUUAGUAUUUCCCUGAAUUUUUCCACAUAGGAGGUACAGUUUUAAGGAUUACUUUUUGUAAAUAAUUGAAAAUGCUUAUUUCAGUAUGGGACUUAAGUGUUGAAUUUUUUUUGUUCACAAAAUGGGCCAAAAAACUGAUCAUUAGAAAUAGUUUCAAAUGCGGUCUAUUCCCACUGUUUCAGGAAAAUCCUAAGGAAACCUGAGUAACUUUGAGUGUGUUUUAUUUUUUUUUAAAAAGGAGAAAAAAAAGUAACAUCAAACAUUGCUUCAUAACUGUAACCCUGGACUUCCAAGAAAUGGAUGAAGAGAGUGAGCCUGCAGUUGACUGGCUCUGUCAGACAUGACGGGUUGGGUCACAGGAGCCUGUGUAGCCUGUCUCAUGUUCUGUUGUGUGUCAGGAAAUGGUACAGGAUGGCAGCCGUGGCAAGUCAUCCUCCCACACUUACCGAGAGUCACGCCAGCUGUAUGUAUACACAGUAUAUGUGCAGAGAUCUCCAGUACAGAAAAGCGUCUCAAACUUGCUCUGUCCAUAGAUUCUGAUCUAAAAUAGCACAGGUUGGCCUCUUGAAGUCCCAUUAUGUUGUUUGUACAGUUACGCUCAUUGUGAGAUUAGUGGGGGGUAAACAAAAUCUUGUGGCCUUAGUGUUUUUUUUCUUUUCAUUUGCCUUUUUUUCUCAACCGUUUAUUAUUGUGGAUCAGAUGUAUUGACUAAGACAAACAAAGCCUUUCAUCGUAGUAUUAUUUUUUUUGUAUCCUAAAGCUGUUAUAGUUACAGAAUGUUGACGGCUUCAGUGGCGCGAAAACAGACUAAUGUGUUCUCCCGUCGAGAGAGGUUGUCUUUUGAUGAUGAUGAUGAAUAUUUUGGGUCAUUGUUACUGAUUUCAGUGUAACACAGUAUGUAAUCCAUAAGAAGCCCCCUGUGAGUUUGUCUGUCCUUGUGAGAAGUCAGUAGUGCUAAAUUGUUUCCCACUGCAGUGCUUUGGCUGGUCGCACACCAUAGUAGAAUCAACACUUGCUUGACUCUACUACACACUAACGAUUGCCUUUUUUAUCCAAAUAUUAUGUGGUUGGUGUGUAAUAAUGGAUGUCUGACAUGUCAUUGGGUUUAGCCUUAAGUAACUGCAGAUACACAAAUAAUCAUUGUAGUACUAAAUUAUAUUGUAACGAACGAUUUAUUUUUCCUAUGAUGAACUUUGAUCGUACUGUGUGAAGUCUUUGACGGUCCGACAGCAGAGAGACAGUUGAAAAAGUUUCUCAAACUUGAUCCUUUCUGUGACUGGUGUCGUAACUUUUCUGUUUACGGCAGAAAUGUCAGCGCUGGGUGGGAAGAUUAUUCUGCUAAUCUGAACAUGCAUGUACAUAUCAAGACAUCGCAACUGUUGUUUUGAUGUCAGAAAGUAACAGAACCAUCAUGGUUGAUUUCAGGGGACAAGAGGACUUUUGUUUUUAGUUCAAUGUUCCAGAUAAUAUUCAGCGAAUGCCGAUGGAAUCUUAGAGUGCAUUAUCUGGUCUCUGAUUUCUAAGAUGAACAGAUAUUUGUGUUUGGUCCAAACAAGAAGCAGUUAAGAGUUAAAGUAAUAUUUUACCAAAAGUAUUAUUGGGAGGAGUUUUUAUUUUAUUUUUAUGGUCAAUUGAUAUCAAGACAAAGUUGUGCAAUGGUGUAAGUGUGUAAAGAAACAGGAUUCAGUUUAAAGUUGUUUUCUUGACAUGAAGUUAAACCCAGUGGCAGCAAAGGAGCCAAGUUUGAGAAAUGCAUUAAUCUGCUCUGCAAACACUAUUCAAAAUCUGUGGAAGGCAUACUGCUGGUGUGAGCACAUACUAAAAUGGCUGACGGGCAAUACAGUAUAUAGUUGACAUCACUUGUUAAUACCUUUUUGACUUAUUGUUUUUAGUAUUAUCAAUCUCAUUGUUAAAAUGCAAUAGAAUCCUUCAGUCUCAGAUCUUUUGUUUAUAAGAUUGAGGUUUAAUUUCAGACGAAUCUAAAGAUUUCUUUGUCUGAGAAUUUCUCAUCCCAUUUUGAUGAUUGUUUCAAGGACCUUUUUUAUUCUGAUGAACUUGUAAACACUGGAGUGACGGGGGGGAAAAAGACAAAAAAAAGUAUUUUUUUUCCUUCAGACUGUACUAGAUUUUAGGUUUUAGACAAAGCCUAUUUCUCCUCAACUUGACACAGAAGGUGGACAGGACAAUUUGGAUCAGUACAGUUGAGAGCCCAGUAUGUUUGGUAAUUUUGACAUUAGAGACGGUAGUACCUCAAGAAAUCUUUUUCUUUCUUAUACGAAGUCCCUGGUAUUUGUAGUAAAUUAUAUUGAUAAUGGUAUUAGAUGAACAACAGCAUAACAGUAGCUAUCACAGAUUAGUUGUUUUCUUUUAUUAGUCUUGCAUGCAGAGUUAUGGUCCUCAGUUAAGAUAGGAUCUUGAUAUUGAUUAUUUUGUGUAGGAAAAUGAGUGCAUAAGAAUAACUUCCGUAAAAAAACAUUACAAUGAUUAUUGUAAAAUGGGCUAACUAAUAUGUACCCUUGUGAUCCAAUUAGUUUCAACUAUAUGAAAAUCAGAGGAGAGGCUUCUUACUAUUAUGCUGAAAUAAAAUCAUUUGUAAAGGA